AAUUGAAAUCAGAACAGUGUAUUUUUGAAACUAUUCAAUCAGAAUACAACGAAAACCAAAGAGAUGAAGAAGCGGGAAAUUUUGUUGACAGUUGCAUAUUUGACAGUGCUUAUCUGUGUUUCUGGAGCAGUGGAAACUAAUGUAACUGGCGAAGGAGUUGUCCAAGGCUUAAUCCCAGACUGUCCGGGCGUCUGGCUACCAUCCAGAAUAAAACCAGAAAGCCUGAAACAGCUCCAACUAUCAGUCCUGAGCAAUGGCAACUAUCUCACAGCCAAAUGGCCGAAGUAUAACUACUACCGAGUGAAGGAGAUCGUCCGUAAUCCUGAUUUUGACGUGAAGAAAAAGACUAUGCUUUAUGUCGGUGGUUACUGGGAUUCAGGGACUUGGGGUGUGGGAAGACUAUUGGGUCUUUUGUAUAAGCAGAUGGACUAUAAUGUGCUUCUUUUGGAGACGGUGUAUUUCACGACGACGACUUUUACGCAAGCUUCACGCUUAAUACGUCCAGUCGGAAAACACGCUGCUGAGAUGCUAGCAGCCCUCACUAAGCUUGGUAUGGACCCAAAAAAUCUGACAAUAUGCGGCAUCAGCCUCGGCGGACAAACCAUGAGCUUCAUAGCCAAGAACUUCAGGAGAAUCACUGGUCAGAACGUCUCCACUCUCGUCGCCUUAGACCCUGGUGGUCCCUGCUUUAGAUAUCUCGGACCGGACCACAGAUUAGACCCCUCGGACGCAGAUUUCGUCAUCGCUAUCAUCACAAACAGCGAAGGAUUCGGGAUAGGUACUCCAGUUGGGACUAUCUCGUUCUACGUCAAUGGAGGCGAAUGGCAACCGGGGGAAAUUUCGUUCAUUCCGUGCCUGAUUCCAUGCAGUCAUAUAAGAUCUUAUUUUCUCUGGUUGUCUGCUUUGAUGAACCCUCAUCGAUUAAUUGCUGUGCGUUGUGAAUCUGUCGCGCAGGCGAAAUUGGGUGAUUGCUAUGAUACAGAGCCUUUGGUAACGAAUACUUUAGAUAUGUAUUUAGAUAGAAGUAAGCCGGGUAUCUAUUAUCUGCCGACGAGCAACAGGUGGCCGUUUGCUUUGGGUAAGAGAGGCUUGAGAAAGAGAAGUAACAAUACUUUUAACCCGUAUUAG